AUAGCGCAUUUUUUUUAUUUUAUCUAAUAAACGGCAAAAAUUGUACAAAGAAGUAACAAGUUCUUGAGAAUUACAUUUAUUAAACCAUCCGAACUCGACAUCCCCAUGGAUGCCAGCUCAGUCAAAUAGACUUCAUUACAGUAAUUAAUGUUAUCUCGAUUAAUGCUUCAAUGUUUAAAUCAAAUGCGAAAAUUUCGCCGCGAUUUUCUCGAUCAAGCUCAUCUUCAUGCAUGAUUCGUAAAAAAAAGAUCUAGAUUACAUAAGGCACACGCGUGUGUAAAGGCCCCCCGGAAUACUCGAAUAUUAAAAUACAGCGGGGCUCGUCGCGAUAAGUCCACCAAUGACGCUCUCGAUCGUUCAUCGUCCGCGUAAAUAACACACACACACACACACACACACACACACACAAACGCAUGCGUUUCACCUUAUCAUUAUCGCUGUGCCGUUACCACUACAAACGAGCAAACACGCGAUCCAGCGAACAACAGCCGCAGUGAGCUACAGUUCCAUCAGUGUGAAAGUGGAUCUACGGCCGACAUGAGUAGUCACACGCUUCGUCGAGGCCUCCAACCGAUUUUCGCGAGAUCAUCGCCGUUGCUGCAGUACUUUAGCAAGGCUUUGUCCUCGCAAUAUUACGCUAUAGACGAGAACGUCUUCGGACUGUCGGAGCAGCAGAAAGAGUUGAGAAACUUGGUGUUCAACUUUGCGCAGAAGGAACUCGCUCCGAAAGCUGCCGAGAUCGACAAGAAGAAUCAUUUCGACGAGCUUAGGCCUUUCUGGAGAGAACUAGGAAAACUCGGUCUACUGGGAAUAACCGUUAAAGAGGAUUACGGUGGAACCGGCGGUGGAUACCUCGAUCACGUAGUCAUCCAAGAAGAACUGAGCAGAGCAUCGGCGGCUAUAUCCCUGAGCUACGGCGCUCACUCGAAUCUCUGCGUCAAUCAGAUCCACAGAAAUGGUACCGAAGAGCAGAAGCACAAGUAUCUACCAAAACUAUGCAGCGGCGAACACAUCGGUGCGUUGGCGAUGUCGGAACCAGGCGCCGGCUCGGACGUGGUAUCGAUGAAGCUGAAGGCCGAGAAGAAAGGCGACUAUUACCUGCUGAACGGCAACAAAUUCUGGAUCACCAACGGUCCCGACGCCGAUACUCUCGUCGUUUACGCCAGGACGGAUCCCAAUGCCGCCAAGAAGCAGCACGGAAUCACCACCUUCAUCAUCGAGAAGGGUAUGGAGGGCUUCAGUACUGCGCAGAAGCUCGAUAAGCUCGGGAUGAGAGGCUCCAACACGUGCGAGCUUAUUUUCGAGAACUGCAAGGUUCCUGCGGCUAACGUACUGGGACAGGAGAACAAAGGGGUCUACGUGCUGCUCAGUGGACUGGACCUCGAGAGACUCGUACUGGCUGGUGGACCAUUGGGAAUUAUGCAAGCUGCCUGCGACGUCUCAUUCGAGUAUGCCCAGACGAGGAAGCAGUUCGGUAAGAACAUCGCCGAGUUCCAGCUGAUUCAGGGUAAAAUCGCUGACAUGUACACGAGGCUGUGCUCCAGUCGAAGCUACCUCUACUCCGUAGCGAGAGCCUGUGAUAACGGCCACGUUAACGGAAAGGACUGCGCCGCUGUGAUACUCUACUGCGCCGAGAACGCGACGAAAACCGCCCUCGAUGCGAUUCAGAUACUCGGCGGCAACGGCUACAUCAACGAUUACUCAACCGGUCGGCUGUUGAGGGACGCGAAACUGUACGAGAUCGGCGCGGGCACCAGCGAAAUACGAAGAAUGGUCAUCGCUCGGGCUAUCAGUGCGGAGUACUCGUGAAGCUUAUUAUCGUCACUAUGUGUCGUGUGAAUUUUUGUACAUUCCCUUUAUUUUUUUCUAAAUAUAUUUUAUAUCACAGAAGAA